GCGUCAUCAGCAUGCGCCGCGUCUUUGCUCAGUGAAGUGAUGCUAGUACAUUUGAACAUUCUCUAUUUUCAUAACUCAACUAUGUGUUUAGACUAAAUUUUCAAACAUGUCUGUGGCCGCAUUUCGUUGUAUUGGAAGGAUUUUAUCCCGACCGACUCUUCCAGCAAGUUUUGUGUCAGCAGAAAAUGCUGGUGUUCACAGCCCUUGGUUUUCUCGAGUGAUGACAAUAAGGACAUCUGCUCCUCUCAGUGCGGAACCCAGAAAGAAGAAGAAGAAAGUGGACCCCAGAAGAGAGUUGAUGGUAAGGGAGCGGUUGAAGAAAAAACUGAAGAAGUUGGAGAGGGUUCCACCUGAGCUCAUUCCCGUUGAGGACUUCAUCACACCAACCAAAUGUUUGGAUGAGACCAGGGUACGCGCUGCUCCGAGGCUGUCCUUUGAUGAAAGUGAAGCUCGAGCUCUGCUGCUGAAGGAGUGGAGCAAGUACAAAUAUAAGCAGCACAAAGCUGAAGUACAGGCGAUGGAGCUGGCCCUGCAAGCACAGACGGAGGCGCUGGAAGAACUCAAGGCUGAAUCUGAGGAGCUUUACCAGGCUGCACUAACACCAGACCUCCAGCUGUUCCCUUUCACCCACGAGGGCCCUGCUUACACGCCGCCAAAGACCACAUACGAAGCGCCUGAUGGGAGGUACACCGACAUCACUAAAGUCUACACACAAUGAUGAGAAGCAUCCUGUUUUGUGUAUUUUUGUUUUUUCAUGGAAAAAAAAGUGAUCUUGUAUCAAGUGUAAGAACAUGUAAAACAGGGGUCACCAACGUGGUGCCCGCGGGCACCAGUUAGCCCCCCCACCACCACAUGAGGUACCCGCAAGCCUGCUUUUCAUUCAGGUUUUCAGUUAAUAAUGUGAGAACACUGGAAAGAAAUGUAUUCUGAAACAUAAAAUGUGAGUUGUGGAUACGAGCAUUUUGUGAUUGUUUUGGUAAAACAAGCAUAUUUGAUCUGUUUGGGUUGAAAUAAGGUAUGAAAAUCAUUUCUACAAAAAUGAGUAGCUCUCACAAGGAAAAACGUUGGUGACCCCUGAUGUAAAAUAUGCAAUAAAUGUUCAUGUUUAAAAUGAAAACAUGUACAGUAUGAUUGGAUUUGUUCAAAAAUAUUAAUCGCAGAACCAUUGUGAUGAAAUGUUAUCUUUAUAUGAAUCAUAGUUUUCAUAACUACAGAAAAUACUUUGCAAGGUUGUAAGCUAAUUUUGUUACUGCUGUUGAUACAAAUGCAUUCUUUAGGCUACUUUUUGGCUCAAACUUUGUUUUUUUUUUCCCCCAAUACAUCUUUCUCAGUUUGCAGCCAGCAUAGUAAGAAUUAGCUAAUUGCUGUAAAUAUAAAUACAAUUACUUUGUCAUCAAACAGAUGGUGAAUCUCAAGGGUGUUUCCACAUAAAAAUAUUUUGGCAUUGGAAAAAAAAACAUUGCAAUUCUGCCUAAAAUGAACAUGCAAGCAUGUCACAUAACAAAUCAUUGUAUUGAUUAUAAAUAUUUUAUAAUUUUAUCCAAAGCAACAAAAUGCAUUCAAUUCACACAGUGGCCCACUGAGGAUUAGUGUUGACCGCUGCAGCACACAUCACAGUACACUAUAUAGUUGGCACAGUUUUCACGUUUAGAGGUCAAGAGUCCUGAGGUCUUUCUUGGUUGAGGGGCAAGUGCCAGUCGCUGGGUGGCUGUCGUCUCAGCUCCCAUACUGGGGUGAACUUACUCUGCUCUGCCACUCUGUUCCCUUCACUCCUCUGUAGGGCUUCCUGCAACACACAUCCCCAAAUCAUAGCUUUGUAUGUAUUCUUGAAGGACACGACUCUUUAAAGUGAAGUUUGAUGUAUUGAUUUAGUACCUUAGCCUCAGUGCCUUUGUUUUUCUCCCACAUUGUGCAGUUGUAGUAGUCCUCUUCCCACUGCUUGCAAGACGGGGAUGUCCCAUAAGUAUAGUAUUGGUGAAAACGAUUCCGCAAACUUUUACAGUGUCUAUAUUCACUCCAGUAGUCACUGCAGGCCCGGGGGGUCUGCAAGAAACACGAAGGAAGACAGGACCACCUAUUUCUGGCAAAUAUUUGCACCAUGGCUAAGCUGGUACAUAUAUGAUUAGGUAAAAACAAAGAAACCCUAUCAGCUGAAAAGGUACCUAUCAAAAGGGGAAUGCAUUUACAAUAAAGUGUCUACGUAGGUGUGUAUAGAAAUAUAAUUGCAAAUGUCCUACCAACCGAUACCUUCACCGUCUUUGACAUGACUAGUUGCUAACGUAGCCAUGUUUAGCUAUUCAGCAACACUAGCCUACAUUACCUUACUAACUUACAACUAAAACUGGGCAACAUUUUAGUUCGAAAAAGUAAGAGCACUACAAAUGACAUUUAGUUUGUGUUUAAUUUACCCUCCAUAACCUCUCUCCAGACUUUUCCAUUGCAAACGAUGGAUGGACACGCUUCUUCUUCGUCGGUUUUAUGGCGGUUGGCAUCCAUCACUUUGGUGCAUUACCGCCCCCUUUCAGUAGUGUCUUGGCUACAGUCACAGCUU